AUGGGAUUUGAUUUAGAAAGUGCAAAAUUGGCCAUUCCGCAAGGACUUUUUCUGUUACCCGGAGAAACCAUUGAAUUUAUAGCAAAAACCUGCGCGAUAAAACUUUUUGAAGCUACUGCUGAUGGUGGUUUUAAAGAAUGUGAUGAUGGAACCGCUGAAUUCUACAGUCAAUCGGAUGGUGCUGCUAAUGAGUCGACAGUAUUAAUCACUAAUUAUCGAACCUGUUAUCGACCUGUAAGAAAUUCCACAAAUUUCCCUACAUCAUCGUUACAUCCACAAAUAGAUAUGAUACGUUCUACUACACAAAUUCCACAUCUUUCCAUAUCUCAAAUUGAAGAGUCGCAAGCACAAAUUACGAUAUCCCUCAAAUUUUCUCCAUCAAAAUAUUUGAUUAAAUUCUCAAAGCCAAAACCAACCGCAUUAGUAGGAAAUUAUAUCAACAUCCGAACCACUGCGAAUUCACUAUGUCAUGAUUUUUCAACUAUAAUGAAACGAUUUGUAUAUCCUAGUAAUUUAGAAUGUACUUUUGCUUUUCAUAUGGGUGAUGCGGAAGUAUUUAAAAAAAACUCUUCGAUAAAACGUGAUCAAAAUGCUCAACGUAAUCGUAAAUUAACAUUAGAAGAAAAAAUCUUUGAGGAAUUAUUUGGGUAUAGAAUACAAAAGGAGUUUGAACGGAUGCAGAUGAAUAAAGAUUCUUGGUGCAUCGCAUCUAUUAAUGAAGAUUUUUCAGUAUCUCCAACUUAUCCUCAAGAUUUUAUUUUGCCAACACAAAUUCUUAAAGAAACGUUAGCAAAUUUAAACUCAUCUAGUCAUAAUGUAUUGAUGAGGAGUGGGCAACCAAUGGUUGGAUUUUUGGGUUCAAGAGGAUUAGAAGAUGAAACACUGAUGCAUGAAGUUCUUUCCACCGUUGAUGAAGAACAUCAAAUUUUAGCAGCAACGAUGAUAAAUGCAAGAGGUUAUGCCGCAGCUUUUACUAAUGGAUGUCAGGGAGGGGGAUAUGAAAAUAUAGAGAAUUAUCCACAAAAUACAACUUUACAAUUUCUUGGACUUUCAAACAUUCAUACAAUUGCCGCUUCACAUUCCGCUUUACUACGCGCAAUCGCAACUAACGCUUCAUCACCGAAUUGGUUCUCGUUACUUAAGGCUACAGGAUGGUUAGAUAAUGUGGCUGAUUUACUAAGAUCUGCUGGGGGUAAAGAAGGUGUUGUUGGAAAACUUGUUGAUGAAGAUGCUAGUGUUUUAGUACAUUGCACAGAUGGUUGGGACAGAACCACACAAUUGGUUUCGCUGUCUCAAAUAAUGGUGGAUCCAUUUUAUCGCACAAUUAAGGGUCUACAAGUGCUAAUUGAGAAGGAAUGGAUUGCCUUUGGACAUCCUUUUCGUUCACGUAGUGAUCUCCCUUAUAAUCUUUGUAAUAAUGAUCCAAGGUCACCUAAAAUUAAACAAAAUUCCCGUAAUUUCAAGGAGCCACAAGCUUUAGAAACCGCACCAGCUCCCGUGUUUCUUUUAUUCCUUACAUGCCUUCAUCAUAUCUUAGAACAAUUUCCAUCUGCAUUCGAAUAUAACGACUUCUUUUUGCUCUGUCUUGCUCGAGCCGCUGCCGGAAAUUCUCCCUUUGGAGAUUUUUUGUGCAAUUGCGAAUGUGAACGAGAGGCCAUACAAUUACGGGAGAGAACAAGAAGCAUAUGGUCAUGGGUCAAAGAACGUAGGCAAUGGUUCAGAAAUCCAUUGUAUCAAAGAAUUCGCCCAUAUGACCUAAUUCAUCAUAACGAUCACAGUACCUGGAGUGAUCAUUCGUGGAAAAAAGAUGUUUUACGUCCAGACACUGAUGCAAGGGUUAUUACAUUAUGGUCUGAUUACUAUUUCCCAAAAAAAAAUGAUUUAUCAAUUGCCUUAUUGUCAAUGCCUUAUUGCGCUGAUGUCGAACUGGAAGAAGGUAUCGGACCUUCUCAACAUCACAUUGGAGGAUUUCCUUCAGAAUAUUAUCUUGUCAGCCUUUUCAUGAAAAGAAAAAGGCGGAGAAUUGCAGAAAAGGUUUGGACAAUUUGGAGGUCAUUUUUAUUGGAAAAUAGACAAAAAUCACUAAAAGCAAAGAAAGAUAGAAAAAAAUUUGUAAAUGAAGAAGAAAAAUGGGCUGUUCUUCGUGGAUCAGAGUGGAAAGAUGAUGAGUUAAACCAAUCGCAAGAAACGCAGGAUAGAACAAGUAUUGAUCACGCAAAUAAAGACCUUGAUAAAUCAUCCAUAUUAUCUUCAUCACAACAAUCAACGUGUGAAAAAUCGGAUAGUUUACUUUCGACUGAUUACGAUGAUGAUACAGAUGAAUUAGAUGAGGAUACAAAUAUAAUGUUAUCCAGAGAAAUGUGUGAAAGCCAAUUUUUGGAAUGGGUUCAUCUGUCCAGCCAAGGUAGUGAAGACUCCGAGACGACCAGGAUAUUAGCAGAAUUACUUAGAGAAGCACAAUUGGAUGAACAUUUAGGUCAGAGUAAAUGUCAAGAUAAUGAUUCUUUGGCAGAAUUAUUGAAAGAGGCCAUAUCUGAAGAUCAAGUUUUUUGCCAGAACAUACAUUCAGAUACUGAGGAACUAACAGAAUUGCUUAAAGAAGCACAAUUAGACAAUCAUUACUUAUGUAGAAGUAGAUGUUCAAAUACCUCAUCCAUUAACCGAAAUUCCACUUCAAACUUUACCUUUAAACCACCAAAUUCGAUCAUAAUAGAAAAUAAUACACCAUCAGACGAAAAAGAUUUUGUAGGUAUAGUGCCGUCACUAGAACCAUUAAAACCAAUUAACUCACCGGAUCUGAGUGAGUUUGAAUUUGUGCUUGUAUAA